AUGCCAUCGUUUCUAUUUCUUUGGAUAUCACUGAUCAUCAUCAAUCCAACGUCAAAUGCCAUCAUAGCUCUCACAUUUGCGAACUACGCGUUGAAGCCAUUCUUCCCGGAUUGUGCCGUACCCCCAUUGGCUGUCGACCUACUUGCUGCUUGUACCAUAGCUCUUCUCACGUUUAUCAAUUGCUACAAUGUGCGAAUGGCAACUCGGUUCAAUGACACCUUCACCAUUACAAAAGUGGCCGCCUUGGUCUGUAUUAUCGUAGUCGGCAUCGCUUGGCUCGCAAUGGGGAACACUGAAUACUUUGAAAUGCCGGAACUGCUCAGUGGAAGCCAAACCGUGGUCUCGUCGUUAGCAUUAGCCUUCUACUCGGGAGUUUUCUCUUUUUCCGGAUACAGUUAUUUGAACUUUGUAACAGAAGAGUUGAAACAUCCUUACAGGAAUCUGCCUCGAGCAAUCUACAUUUCAUUGCCAGUGGUGACCUUGAUAUAUAUGUUCGUAAACAUGGCUUAUUUUGCUGUGCUUUCAGUUGACGAGAUCCUCGAGUCGGAUGCGGUUGCUGUGACUUUCGCCAAGAAGGUGAUGGGGCCUUUUGCUCCUGUGAUGCCAUUCUUCGUCGCUUGCUCAUGCCUUGGAAGUCUGAACGGCAUUCUAUUCACUUCGUCGCGAAUGUUUUUCGCUGGUGCAAGGGAAGGCCAGUUGCCAGAAAUGCUAUCCAUGAUAUCCGUGAAAUACUUAACUCCUCUGCCGUCAUUACUCUUCCUUGGAGUCGCGUCAAUUGUGAUGCUCUUUGCUGGAGAUGUAUUAACGCUGAUUAACUACUGUGCUUUCUCGGAGAGUCUCGUGGUGGCAGUGUCAGUGGCAGGUUUGGUCAAAUUGAGGAUCUCGCAACCAGCAGCAAAGACGCCAAUCAAGUUACCCAUCUUCAUCCCAUUGAUAUUUCUCCUAUUCUGCUGUCUGUUCCUCGUCCUACCGUUCCUUUCUCAACCACUGGAGUUAAUUUUCGGCGUGAUCAUGAUUCUGUCCGGCAUACCAGUUUAUUUUGUAUUCGUGAGAAACGCUUCGAAAAAAUCGUCAUCCAGCUGUGCACUAUGGAAUAUGGCCUUUCCAGUAUGGUUCAACCGCUGCAUACAGAAAUUGCUGUACUGUGUACCGGAGACCGAAGAGUUGGACUAA